UGCUGUCUCCCAAAGAUGACGUGCUUGAGGUGUGAUUAUUAUGAUUUUUCCAAGAUCUCACCCUCUUACGGCCUGACCCUUCUGUCAGUAGUCGCUUUUCAUCGACGGCAUAUUUUCUGAAAGGAUAGAAAUAGAUAGAAAUGUGAUGGCCCGUAUUUUUUCUGAACUCACUUUCCCAGAGUUCAUUGCAGCACAGCCAGUUGUCUCUCUGAGAUAGAGGGAGGCCUUUCGAUAGUCACCGAAGUUCAUCCCAGCGUCCAAAUAUAGCGGUUCUCCCCGGUGUGAUGAUGGAACCAUCAGGAUGCCCUCCACCUUUUCCCAGAAACCAUACUUUGAAUGCAGCCGGUGACAGUUGUCACUGGGAGGUCAGCGACAAAGUGAGGCUGCGUCGCUUUCUGUGCUACGGCUCGGAGGCAGACAUAUACACUGCCACAGAGGAGGCUCAUCUCGUCGUGGCACAUGCAGGAGCCCUACUGUCCAUGCUUCAGGAUGGCCAAGGUAUUGAAGCGGUCAACGAAAUCAAAGGGUUUGCUCAAGAUGGGCGAGCUGUUGGAUUGGAACCCUGCAUUUUUGCCUUGGCGCUGUGCUCACAACAUUCGGAAGUGACGACCAAACGUGCAGCCUUUAAAGCUGUGAGGGAGAUUUGUCAGGAUCCCGCCCAUCUAUUUUCCUUUAUUCAAUAUAAGAAAGAAUUGAAGGAGGACAUGAAGUGUGGAAUUUGGGGACGGGCCUUGAGGAAAGUUGUGUCUGAUUGGUACAACAGCCAGGAUGCCCUCAGUCUUGCAGCAGUUGUGACCAGAUGUAAACAGAGAGGUGGCUGGUCACACCGGGAUAUACUCAGGCUUUCUCACACCAAACCAGUUGAUGAAGCUAUCGCCUUGAUCAGCAAAUAUGUAACAAAAGGAUGGAAAGAGGUCCAAGUUGCCUAUGCUAAUAAAGAAAACACAGUGGAUGUUGUCAAAGUGCUUUCAUAUCUAGAAAUAGUGGAGAAGGUCAAGCACAGUUGUGAUGAAACAGCGGUGAUCAAUUUGAUUGAGGAGCACAAACUGGAAAAGGAGCAGCUUCUCACGGAUCACCUCAAGUCCAAACUAGUUUGGAGGGCUCUGUUGAAGGAAAUGCCGCUUCACUCAGUUCUACGAAUUAUUGGAAAGAUGACAGCCAAAAAGGUGCUUCAGCCUGGGGGGUCGGAAACCCAAGCGCUGUGUGAAAGAAUCCAGGCGGAGGCAGUACUAAAAAAAGCAAAAAUUCACCCUUUCAGCGUACUCUUGGCUUCUGAACAUUACAAAAGAGGUCAAGGCUACCAGGGUAAAACAAAAUGGGUGGCUGAUGGCAGCAUCCUCAAAGCCUUGGACAUUGCCUUUUAUAAGAGUUUCUUGAAUGUGGAGCCGGUUGGAAAAAGCUUUGUUGUGGCUGUGGAUGUGAGUACAUCGCUGAGCAGUGUUGUCCCAGGAACUUCAGUCAGCACAGCAGUUGCUGCUGCAGUUGUUACUAUGGUAUUUGCGAGAACCGAGGCAGAAACUCAUGUACUGGCCUAUUCUGAAGGAGCUUUGGAACAAUGUUCUGUGUCUGCUGACAUGACACUUGCGCAAACAACUGAUGAACUAAUAAAGAUCCCUGGAGGAAGCACAGAUUGCACUCUACCCAUCACAUGGGCCACAGAGAAUGGGAAAGCUGUCGAUGUGUUCAUCAUUCUCACCAACAACCCAUUGUGGGCUGCUUCUGCUAGCUCGGUGGAAACGCUGAAGAAACACAGACAAAUGUUAGGAUGCAGUUCCAAGUUGGUGAUGUGUGGGCUGACAUCCAUGGGACACACAAUUGCUGACACCGAGGACAGAGGUCUACUGAGCAUCUGCGGUUUUGAUCUCGGAGCCUUUAGUGUCAUUCGUAACUUUGCAUUGGAUCUAAUAUGAGUGUUUAUUCAGUCUUUGAAGGCAUAAUUUGACUGCAACAUGAAGGAACACAGUCGACAAAACUUUCUCUAAUGUACAGUACAUUACGUAAAACCUAUAGAGUUCUCCUUAGAAAGCAGUAAAGUAAAUCCCUGCAUAUUCACAGUUCAGGAUACCCCAGAUUUCACCUACUUUUGGAUUUUUAUUUUUUUGUCUUUUUUUAAUCUAAAACACUGAUAGGCCUUUUUUCCACCGAUGCAAUAGAAUGGCUGUCAAUUAUUUACAGGUUUUUGCUGUUCACUAUACUGGCAAAUACUGUAGUAUUACUAGUAAACUAAAUUCCUCCUCUUUUAUAUUUUGUUACUGACAGUGUCCAGCAGGCUGGACAGUACUCUGGAAUUCUAAUGUGGCUGUAUUUUGCUCACAUGCGAAGGCAAUUAUGACAUGAUUGCAUCUUGUGCUGCUAAAAUUUGAAUCUCCAUCACUAGUCCCUUUAUUUGCUGCUUAAAUAUAAUUCUCAAGGACUUUCCACAUCAAGACAAACGACAUUGUCAGCGUGUGUUGCUGCCGAACACAGCUUGAUGCAUUUCAGUGGUGUUGAUUGGAUUCUAGCAUCUUUUUCUACUGAAUGCACAGUGUUUGCAUGAGCGCUAUUAUGUCUUCACUUUUUGGAUGAUUUCCAACAGCUACAUUUCUUUUAUUUAAUUUUGCAUGGCAAAUUUGAGUUUUUCCAUUUGCACAUUUGUUAAUAUUCACUUGAUUACUACCUAUUCUUCUGCCUGCUCAUGAUUUUGUCCAAUGUAUAUUUUCGAUUGUACACUGGCUAUAGAUCCAAUACAAUAAUUACACUGGUUUACAAGCAAAAUGCUUCCUGGAUAAAAGUAGUGCGACUCCUAAAUUUUGUUUGCUCAAAAAGAAAAUAAUAGGUCAAAAGUGUCAGUUGGCUAUAGUUUUUAAGGUAGUGUCUGGCUGAAAUGUUAAAAUGCUAACAACUUAGGUGAAAAUGGGUAUUAUUGAAAUGAAAAUAAUUAUUUCUGGGUAAACGUCUAACUAAAAUGGUUGUCUACCGUUUCGCAAUAUAAUCGUAUAGGCAAGACCUUUGACAUAAUAUGUCGUUUUCAAUAUACUAGUACUGUAUUGCAUAACUCCUGGUGUUUUGGAAGUGGACACUUCAUAAGCGAUGGCACACACUGAUAUAUCCAUCUCAUGUCAAAUGUAACGACUUGUAAAAGUGAUAUAAUUUGACCAAUGUAUCUUUGUAAUCAAACUUUUACCAUUUAAAUAUUUUGAAUACUCUAGCCAACCAGCAUUACUAUCUUUUAUUUUCCAAUCAGUUAUCACAGCAAGUAGGAUUUAGUCAUUUUUAUCUCGAAAGCAGAUAUUUCCCAAAAUUUUAUAGAACAAUGUUAUUGGUUUAAAACGAAAUUAAGGGACCAUUACACACUGGCCAUGGAUCCAAUACAGUAUUGGUCUUUAGAAGGGCCUGCUAUCACAAUGGCAAAUUCAUUGUCAUAUUCACACAAAAAAUGGCCUGUGUCAAAUAUUUGCCGUUGAUUAAUUGAUGCUCGUAAUGCGAUAAUGCAUAUGGAGAGCGUUUUCAUUUGUUAUGGCUGUGUGCGAACCUGUUUACUGCUCGUCGGAGCUAUUUUGACUUGUACUGUAUGCAUAACAGUUGUGGGCUGUAAUACCCAGGAAAAGUAAAUGGUAGAUAUUUAAAUGUGUAUCUGCUGAACCUGUUGAUUAGUGUUUGUAAGAGGUAAAAUUUAACAUUCAUUACCCUUAUCGAAUGAAAAACAACAAAAGUUGUUUAAUAAACAGUUUAACUGUAAACAAAUAUCAAUGUGUGUAAUUGUGUUAUUUUGGUUGAGUGAAUGCCUUUGACUUUAGUACAACAUGACAAAAGUCACUCAUGUUUACAAUGUUUUUGUGAUCUCACACAACUGGGCAGAUUGCUGUAUAAGUUUUCAUUCAGAACUCAGUAUUGAUUUGGUUUAAUACUUGAUUGAUAGUGUACGUACUAUCAUGAGAAGACAGUUGUAGUUUCUGUUCAUAUUCCAGGAUUUAUUGUUGGAUUAAUCAAAAAUAUGUAUUCAUUCUGUUUAUGUACUAAUAUAUUGUUAGUCUAUGACAAGACUGUAAAAGGGUUUGUGAAAUCUACUGGUCAGUUUAAGGUUUGCUUUAAUUUAUGACUAAAAUACAGUGAUUCUUAUGCAGUGAGUCACCCUCAAUAUUCUCUUAUUUUCUGUUUAUUUGGACCAUGUCCUUUCAUCUCUAAUGGUUAAAAUGUUUGAAUACUACUAAUGUUUAUAAUUAUAGUAAUAAAUACUUUUAUUUGC